AUUAGGAUGAGUUUGAUCAACUUCGAUUGACUGUUUGAUUGUUUUAAUAUGUGGAAUUGCACGCGAUCAAUUGCAGAUCUAAUGCAUCUGUAAAUGCACUAUCAAAAUCGUUAGACCACAUUGUGUUGUUGACUUAUGUUUGAUGCACUUUAAGAUCGUUCUGCAUUAGUCUCAAGUAGCAGAUCUCGCGGAAUUGACCAAUCAUAUUGGUCAACUGAUUGAUUUGGUCAAUGUCGAUUAGUCACUUCCGCAAAACUUGUAACUUGUGUUUGCGUCUUGCGAUUAAUAUAUAGAACGACGUUUAAAAAUAAGAAUUUAAGAGUAUCAUAACCUCAAAAGUGCUCAAAAAUCGACAAUAGCUAAAGUGUAACGGCUAAAAUUAUACUCUUGUCUUAAAUAGAUAAAACACAACAUGAAAGUGAUAAAAGGCAACUGGAAUACUCUUUUAAGUAAUUACGAAGUAUUGGAUAUUUUACAACAGAACACAAAAUCCUAUAAGAAAAAGAAAAUGAAUCAACUGGCAACUAUUACAUAUCAAACUAUUAAGUAUUUGGAAGAUACACCAUGCAAAAAGCAGACUCCAGAUAUCAUAAAUCAAUUUUUAAGAGCAAUGGAACCUUUCAAACUGACAAAAGCAGAGAAGCUUGCUCUUCUUAAUAUUUGUCCCACCACACCACUCGAGAUACAAUUGUUAAUAGAGGAGGCUGAAGAACGACUAACGGAUGAAGAAGUAGAGACUGUGCUUCAAAUAGUAGCAAAAGUACGAAGAGAUGACCAAGAUACAGAACAAGAAACUUAAUCUCUAGACUGUAACAUAACUUAUUAAAUAUAUUUUGUAGUAUGUACAUUUUUAUUUAUAAUAAACACAACUUUUCCGAAUAGA